AUGGCCCCGGAAAAGCCCCAGCCCCGGCCUUUGGCAUUGGAGCCUCCAGCUCAUAGAGUCCUAGACUGGGCCGAAGACACAGAGUCCGUCUCCACUGAUAACUUCUCGGCCACCGACGAGGGCCACUCGACCUCCCCGACAUCUAAUACGGCGUCCAAUCCCAGGAAAGAACCUCAGCUUCAGCGGGCCUCCAUCAUCAGGAAGGAAACGUCAGCAGUCGAGAUCGCCAACGGCAUGCUCGAGCUCGGUCGCACCCAGUGCGCCACCCGCCAGGCUCUGCCGCCUCGGACGAACAUGCAGAACAAUGGUGACGGCACCACGAAACCCUCCAAGACGGGUAAGCAAAGGGUGCCCCGGCCCGCGGGCAGCUUGUGCCGGCACUGGUGCCAGACUGGCCAGUGCAGCUGGGGAACAGAGUGCCGGUACACGCACCAGAUGCCAGUGACGCUCGAGGGGCUCACAGAUGUCGGCCUCACGGAGCUGCCGGGCUGGUGGCGGCAGGCGGCCGGGCUGCCUGUGGAGGGGACGAUCGACGUUCGUAUCUUCGCUGCUGCUGCUGCCCCUGCCGCUGUCGGCGUUGCGAAGAAGAGUCCAUCCACCACUCUGGCACGAGGCAACACAUUGAUGACCCCAUCCCACCCGUCUAAGAAGGGCAGAUUCAAAGCUAAGAGGGAAGAGAGUAAGAUGACGGAGGAGGUUCACGUGAUCAGGCUUGGGGUCGAGAGGACCCCGACAACAGCUGCACCUCCCAUGGUGAUUGGACUUGGGGGUAAGAAGAAGCCGGUGCUGAGACAAGUGCAGGCGCAGAUGCCAGCGAGAAAGGAUCAACCGCAGUAUGAGGAGGUUGAGAAGCUUGUUGACAUCUGA